AACCUUUUAAAAUUUAUGGUGCAAAUAUUUUUUCUUUUCCAGAUUGGUUUGAGGAAAGGUUCUCGAUCUUUUGAAGAAGCCCGAGCUGCUGGAUUUAGUGAAGAUAACGGAACAUUGGGUGAUAUCUGGGAAACGGUUUCAAGCAGUGAUCUUGUUUUGCUUUUAAUUUCAGAUGCUGCACAGGCAGACAAUUAUGAAAAGAUUUUCUAUCACAUGAAACCGAACAGCAUUCUGGGAUUAUCACAUGGUUUUCUUCUCGGCCAUUUACAGUCACUGGGCCUUGACUUCCCUAAGAAUAUUAGUGUUAUCGCUGGAAGCUCUGGUAAAGCUGACUUUUAUUUAUAGAAAAUACAUUUAUAAUUUCUCAUUAAUCAUUCUUGUUUUGUAACAGUAACCUUGGUUUGACA